CUCUUCCUUUCUUCCUCUCCACAAUUUUCUACUAUCUACUUCUAUAUAUAUUUAUAUAUAUAUAUAUAUAUCUGCAUACUAGUCUCUGUUUCAUGUUAAACCAACUUCUCUCUUUCUACAUUCUUUCAUUAUAAUAUUUUUAUUCCUAGUUUUGGAGCUAUAUAUACACACACACAUACACAUACGUUCCUAUAUAUUUAUCCAACAUACAACAAAAGUGAUUAACAGCCCUUUAAUCCUUCCUUCUCUAUAUCUAAUUAUUUGAUUAAUUGGUUAGUCCAAAAAUGGCACCUGCAUCUUAUAUUCCUAUUUCAAAUACAGUAUGUGUAAUGGAUGCUUCUGGUUCCCUUGGUUUGAACCUCGUUAGACGGCUUCUUCAGAGAGGUUACAUUGUUCAUGCUGCUGUUCAACCCCAUGGUGAAGUAAAAGGACUAAAGGGGUUAUGUGAUGAUCAUGGAAAAGAUAGGUUGAAGAUAUUUGAUUGUGAUCUUUUUGAUUAUCAAACUAUACUUGAAGCUUUGAAGGGUUGCUCUGCUUUGUUUUACAAAUUUCAACUUCCCCAUGAUCAACCUGAAUAUGAUGAAUAUACAGCGGAUAUAGAAGUAAGAGCAGCACAAAAUGUGUUAGAAGCAUGUGCACAAAUGGACAUGAUCGACAAAGUCAUUUUUACAUCAUCAGCAACCACCAUCCUAUGGAGAGAAGAUCGUAAAGCAAUGUCAUCAGAACUUGAUGAGAGACAUUGGAGUGAUGUAGGCUUUUGUCGAAAAUUUAAGUUGUGGCAUGCAUUAUCAAAGACACUAGCAGAGAAGAGUGCAUGGGCGUUGGCAAUGGACCGUGAGAUUAGUAUGGUGACAAUUAACGCUGGAUUAUUAGUGGGCAGUGAUCUCUCCAUAAGACACCCUUACUUGAAAGGAGCAGCUGAGAUGUACCAAGAUGGAGUAUUAGUGACUGUUGAUUUGAACUUCUUGUUGGAUGCUCACAUUCAUGUCUUUGAAGAUAUUUCCACUUAUGGACGCUACUUAUGCUUUAAUAAUGUCAUUAAUCGCCCAGAAAAUGCGAUUAAGCUUGCUAAGAUCUUAAUGCCCUCAGCAUCAGUACAAGCCCAAAGCUUCCAAGAGGACGGAAAAAUGAUUCAACAGAGAAUUAGCAACAAGAAGUUGAAGGAAGUCCUAGUGGAAUUCGAAUCUCAUCCUGUUGAUCAAGAUCAACUUAUAAUCUCAAACUGAUCAAAUAAAAUGUCUUAUUAUUUAUAGAAGGUCUUCUGGCCAAUUAGAUAGGAGUAUUAAUUAUAUAUCAGAGGGCAAAAUUGCUUAAUUUUUUUCUUCAAGUUUAAAAAUAAGUGUCAUAUGUUGUACAAAUAUCUAUACAUAAUUAUAUAUAGAUAGAUACAAGCAACAUUGUGCUGAUACAUACAUAAAUUUAGUGAGGUUGUGUCUUGUAAUAGUAGUUGUAUAUUUUAAUUGUCAACACAUAUAGGCUACAGCUAACAUAUGACAUGAGAUAAAUUGGACAAUUGAAUCAAAAUAGAGCCAUAUGGUAGCAUUAGUUUUUAUGUAAGGAAUUUUGCUAUUAAUAAUACCUCUAAUAUUAUGUGUUCUGGAUU